AUGCCAUUGCUGAAAGAUGAUCUUGACAUUGUGAUCCCCACCAUCAGGAACUUGGACUUCCUUGAGAUGUGGAGGCCAUUCUUUGAGCCUUACCACCUCAUCAUCGUCCAAGAUGGUGAUCCUUUGAAGACCAUCAACGUCCCUGAUGGCUUUGAUUUUGAGCUCUAUAACCGCAACGACAUCAACAGGAUUUUGGAUCCCAAAGCCACCUUCAUUUCCUUCAAGGACCCUACUUGCCUCUACUUUGGCUACAUGGUGUCUAAGAAGAAGUAUAUUUUCAUAAUUGAUGAUGACUGCUUUGUAAGUUCUUUGAUUUAUGGUGCUAAUUAA